AUCCGUUUUGGAACACUGGGGAGCAGUGCAAAGAGUCAUCAGGAUAAGCCCAUGAAUUUUGGGUCCUCUGAACAGGCGUAAGAUGAAGCAACGUGAUUGCACAAGGAAGCAAACCAUCCAAGUGUCAAAAUGAAAAAGGGGUGGUGAACGGGCUGUCAACCCCACUCCACUGAGAGCCCCACUUGGUCUUCUUGCAAGCCUGCAAAUGGCUUCUAGGUCAACAAAGAUGCCUGACAACUUCAAUAUAUACCAUCUACUGUGAGUUUCUGUUUUAUACAAACCAAUCGCUAAUUAAUUACCAUCUAAUGACUGGGGAGAAAUCCCUGCAUUUUCUCCAUUCCUUGGAGUAUUGAGUGUUGCGACCAGCAAAGAAGCAUCAGGGCAGGAAAAUUGUUUCCCUGUUUGUUAUCUAGAAAGUUUGCUUGGACAUUAAACAUUUACUCAUGGUGCUGGAAAGACUCUAAAAUUGACCUUUGGGUUGUGGACCAAGCCUAUUUCCAACUAAUUUCCCCACCCAGUGCUUUACUGCUUGAACAGUCCGUCAAAAAAGAGCAUCAUCUGUGAAGAUCAUGUUCUUGUGUUUUGCUGGGCAUAUACUCAGGGAUGUCCGGACAACUAACACCAUUCCAGAGGGUGUACAAUCUGACCAAACAGUUGUUGUUGUUGUUUAGUCGUUUAGUCAUGUCCGACUCUUCAUGACCCCAUGGACCAGAGCACGCCAGGCACUCCUGUCUUCCACUGCCUCCUGCAGUUUGGUCAAACUCAUGCUGGUAGCUUUGAGAACACUGUCCAACCAUCUUGUCCUCUGUCAUCCCCUUCUCCUUGUGCCCUCCAUCUUUCCCAACAUGAGGGUCUUUUCCAGGGAGUCUUCUCUUCCCAUGAGGUGACCAAAGUAUUGGAGCCUCAGCUUCAGGAUCUGUCCUUCCAGUGAGCACUCAGGGCUGAUUUCCUUCACAAUGGAUAGGUUUGAUCUUCUUGCAGUCCAUGGGACUCUCAAGAGUCUCCUCCAGUGCCAUAAUUCAAAUGGAGUGGCUUGCCGGUUCUUGCUCCAGGUGGAUCACGUUUGGUCAAAACUCUCCAAUAUGACCUGUCCGUCUUGGGUGGUCCUGCACAGCAUAGUUCACAACUUCUGAGUUACUCAAUCCCCUUCGCCACGGCAAGGCAGUGAUCCAUGAAGGGGGACCAAGCAGUUACCAGGACUUAAUUAUUGUGAAGAAAAACUCACUUGCUUUUAAUGCUAAGGCAGCCACAACAUACAUUUUAACUAUUCAUUGCUUCCACCAAAGAAUCCUGGAAACUCUAGUUUAAGGGUCUUCUAUCAACUCUCUUCCCCUUCAACUACAGUUCCCAGAGUUCUGACUUUUAUUAAAGUAGUAUGAGUGCUUUAAUUAAAGCUCAAUUAAAGGCAUAAUUGAGGACAUAAGGAGUUAAAAGGAAAUGUCCCUGAGCAGGCGCAGAGUGCAUUUAUCUUACCCCAGGGCUUUCCAUUUGAGUCUUCACACUCAACUUACCUACCCUGCACAGAAACAUUUGUUUAGUCAUUUAGUCGUGUCGGACUCUUCGUGACCCCAUGGACCAGAGCACGCCAGGCACUCCUAUCUUCCACUGCCUCCCGCAGUUUGGUCAAACUCAUGCUGGUAGCUUUGAGAACACUGUCCAACCAUCGUCCUCUGUCAUCCCCUUCUCCUUGUGCCCUCCAUCUUUCCCAACAUCAGGGUCUUUUCCAGGGAGUCUUCUCUUCCCAUGAGGUGGCCAAAGUAUUGGAGCCUCAGCUUCAGGAUCUGUCCUUCCAGUGAGCACUCAGGGCUGAUUUCCUUCACAAUGGAUAGGUUUGAUCUUCUUGCAGUCCAUGGGACUCUCAAGAGUCUCCUCCAGCACCAUAAUUCAAAAGCAUCAAUUCUUCAGCGAUCAGCCUUCUUGAUGGUCCAGCUCUCUCUUCCAUACAUCACUACUGGGAAAACCAUAGCUUUAACUAUAUGGACCUUUGUCGGCAAGGUGAUGUCUCUGCUUUUUAAGAUGCUGUCUAGGUUUGUCAUUGCUUUUCUCCCAAGAAGCUGGCAUCUUUUAAUUUCGUGACUGCUGUCACCAUCUGCAGUGAUCAUGGAGCCCAAGAAAGUAAAAUCUCUCACUGCCUCCAUUUCUUCCCCCAUGUUUGCCAGGAGGUGAUGGGACCAGUGGCCAUGAUCUUAGUUUUUUUGAUGUUGAGCUUCAGACUAUAUUUUGCCCUCCAGCCUUUUGCAUGAUGAAUUCUGCAUGUAAGUUAAACAAAUAGGGAGACAAUAUACAGCACAGAGACAUAGUCGGGUAUAUAUGGAAAGCAAUGUUUGAAUGCACUUGAUAAAUGUAAAGUCUUUGCUUUCGUCACAAUGUGAACGAGGCUUGUUUGACUAUAGUUUGGCUUUGGGAAUACAGCAAGGGUGCCCUUCCCUUGGAGAGUUCGGACGAGGCAAUGGACAGAUCCGACGACGAGACAAACCCCCAAUACCAAGGACUAACUGGUCUACGGAACUUGGGCAACACCUGCUACAUGAAUGCUGUCAUACAGUGCCUCUGCAGUGUUUCCCCGCUGGUGGAAUAUUUCCUCUCUGGAAGGUAUACAGCAUCGCUAAACAAGUAAGUUAAUGGCCUUGCUCUGCUUAAUUUUGGUUGUCCGAAGAUCAGAGCCUGAACUGGCUCUGGGAUUUGAAGGGCUUGUUGGCAAGGUGUCCCCGGAUAGCACCCUCUUUUCUGACCCACUUCCACUCUGGGGAUUAGGGGGAAGCUCAUCGCUACAUUCCAUGGAGCUGGGCAUGUUUAGCCUGGAGAAGAGGAGGUUAAGGGGUGAUAUGAUAGCCAUGUUCAAAUAUAUAAGAGGAUGUCACAUAGAGGAGGGAGAAAGGUUGUUUUCUGCUGCUCCAGAGAAGCGGACACGGAGCAAUGGAUCCAAACUACAAGAAAGAAGAUUCCACCUAAACAUUAGGAAGAACUUCCUGACAGUAAGAGCUGUUCGACAGUGGAAUUUGCUGCCAAGGAGUGUGGUGGAGUCUCCUUCUUUGGAGGUCUUUAAGCAGAGGCUUGACAACCAUAUGUCAGGAGUGCUCUGAUGGUGUUUCCUGCUUGGCAGGGGGUUGGACUCGAUGGCCCUUGUGGUCUCUUCCAACUCUAUGAUUCUAUGAUUCUACAGCACUUCCUCCUAGAGAUGCCUCAUUGAUGCCUUACUUUAUCUCAGUAUCGACCUGGGCGUUUUAGUUGGGGGGGGGAAGCGUAUGUCCCCAGUACUGAAGUAGUAUUGGGGGCCGUUCUGUGGAGGAGCCUUGCCCUUGGAGGAUUUCUAGCUUGUUGGAAUCCUAAGUCAGGGGUCAGCAAACCUUUUCAGCAGGGGGCAGGUUUGUCCACUGUCCCUCAGACCUUGUGGGGGGGCCGAACUAUAUUUUGGGGGGGAAAUAUGAACAAAUUCCUAUGCCCCACAAAUAACCCAGAGAUGCAUUUAAAAUAAAAGCACACAUUCUACUCAUGUAAAAACACGCUGAUUCCUGGACCAUAUGCGGACCAGAUUUAGAAGGUGAUUGGGCUGGAUCCGGCCUCCAGGCCUAGUUUGCCUACCCAUGUCCUAAGUCCUCACUGAUAUAUAGAGUGACACCACCCUUACCUGUCCUGUAGAGUUUAUGUGCAAAAGUAACGGUGCCCCAAUGACUCCUCCCAUUUCACCAGGUUUCUGUUAUGCAUUCUAGACCUACCCUCUCCUCCUAAGAACAAGCACCCCAGCUCACCUAUUUUGGCUCAGAAGCUUCUACCGUUGGUAUAACAAAAUUGUAGAGUUUGAAGGGACCCCAAGGCUCACCAAGUCCCAACCCCCUGCAAUGCAGGAAUCUCAGCUAAAGCAUCUAUGACAGACGGCCAUCCAACCCCUGCUUAAAAACCUCCAAGGAAGGAGAGUCCACCACCUUCGGAGGGAGUUCGUUCCACUUUCAAACAGCUCUUCCUGAUGUUUCAUCAGAAUCUCCUUUCUUGUAACUUGAAUCCAUUGGUUCGAACCCCACCCUCCAGAGCAGGAGAAAACAAGCUUGUUCCCCCUUUCAUGUGACAACCCUUGAGAUAUUUGUGUGGGAAUGUUUAGGGAUGCAGGGGAGGAUAUAUUGUCUAAGAUAUCCUAUCCCAACUUGUCUUUACAAGUUCAACAAAAUCAGCAGAGUUAACAUUCCCCUUUUUUAAAAACAUACACACAGCAGAUAGCUUGCUCAGACUCGUUAGAGUCUCUGUGAAUAUUUCCUGGUAUUUCCCCCGUUUAAUCCCUCCUAAAAUAAGACGCUACACAGUCUUCUAUAAAGUAUAAAAUGUUGAUUCACAAGUAAUCAUCUGUUCACACAAAAGGUUCCCAGAAGGCAGACUAAAAAGGUUAGAACAUAGUUUAAAAGUGGUGACUAUCUCCUUAUGGGUGAAAGCAACCCUUUUCUUCUCUUGGCCUGGAGCCAAGGGUGCAUCUUAGUAGUGCUGUUGUUAAGAUGGCAUCAAUAGAGGCAAGAGAGAUAAGAUGGUAGCCAGCCUGUGGUUCUGGUUCUUUCUACUUCAGGAGAGGCCAUGCCCAUCUCACGUUACACAAAGGAAGUUUUGUCUCAGUCUUGGAAAGCAGGAAGUUCUGGCUGGAGGACUGAGAUAACCUUCAUGUCUACUCUAGCAAUAAUAAUAAUAAUAAUAAUAAUUUAUUAUCUGUACCCUGCCCAUCUGGCUGGGUUUCCCCAGCCACUCUGGGUGGCUUCCACAAAGACAAAAAAUACACUAAGAUGUCACACAUUAAAAACUUUCCUGAAGUUUUUCUUAAGAUGUCUUCUGAAUGUCAAGUAGUUGUUUAUCUCUUUGACAUCUGAUGGGAGGGCGUUCCACAGGGCGGGCGCCACUACUGAGAAGGCCCUCUGCCUGGUUCCCUGUAGCUUUGCUUCUCGCAAUGAGGGAACCGCCAGAAGGCCCUCGGCGCUGGACCUCAGUGUCCGGGCAGAACAAUGGGGGUGGAGAUGCUCCUUCAGGUAUACUGGGCUGAGGCCGUUUAGGGCUUUAAAGGUCAACACCAACACUUUGAAUUGUGCUCAGAAACGUACUGGGAGCCAAUAUAGGUCUUUCAAGACCGGUGUUACGUGGUCUCGGCGGCUGACCCCAGUCACCAGUCUAGCUGCCGCAUUCUGGAUUAGUUGUAGUUUCUGGGUCACCUUCAAAGGUAGCCCCAUGUAGAGUGCAUUGCAAUAGUCCAAGCGGGAGAUAACUAGAUCAUGCACCACUCUUGCGAGACAGUCCGCGAGCAGGUAGGGUCUCAGCCUGCAUAGCAGGUAGAGCUGGUAGACAGCUGCCCUGGAUACAGAAUUGACCUGCGCCUCCAUGGACAGCUGUGAGUCCAAAAUGACUCCCAGGCUGUGCACCUGGUCCUUCAGGGGCACAGUUACCCCAUUCAGGACCAGGGAGUCCUCCACACCAGCCCGCCCCCUGUCCCCCAAAAACAGUAUUUCUGUCUUGUCAGGAUUCAUCCUCAAUCCAUUAGCUGCCAUCCAUCCUCCAACUGCCUCCAGGCACUCACACAGGGCCUUCACUGGUUCUGAUUUGAAAGAGAGGUAGAGCUGGGUAUCAUCUGCAUAUUGAUGGACACCCAGUCCAAACCCCCGAUGAUCUCUCCCAGCGGCUGCAUGUAGAUGUUGAAAAGCAUGGGGGGAAGGACAGAACCCUGAGGCACCCCACAAGUGAGAGCCCAGGGGUCUGAACGCUCAUCCCCCACCACCACUUUCUGAACACGGCCCAGGAGGAAGGAGCGGAACCACUGUAUAACAGUGCCCCCAGCAAUGUUGUGUUUGACUGCACCUGAUUCUUACAUCCCACAAUUUAAAGAUAGCUAUCCUAUCCUAUCUCCUCUCAGGCUCCUCUUUCCCAGGCUAAACAUACCAAAUUCCUUCAACCAUUCCUCAGAAGGCUUGGUUUCCAGACCCUUGAUCAUCUUGGUUGCCCUCCUCUGCUCACGUUCGUACGCAUGGUGUGUCUCCUCCAAAUGUCUUUGAUACCUCUCUGAAGGCUCAUCGAUACUUCCAUUUGCCCCGCCGCUUCCCUCAGGAAAAGCUCCAACCACAUACCCACAACUUUUGUCCAGCAGGCAGAUAGUUGUACCCAUGACAUUCUGCACUGGAGACUGUAUCCUUGCUGGUUUUCUCCCUGCAAAUCUCUCAUUGUAGGUUAUGUUUACUUUUAAGCUUGGGCUUCAAUAGGUCAAAAAGGGAAGGGGCAGAGCAAAUGAAGGCUUUGCACAGCUUAAAAGCAAUAAUGAAAAAGACAUUUUCCCAAUCUAGCAAACAAUAGACGGAGGCUGAUCAUGGGGAGCUACUACCCAAAGGCAAAGGCUGCAUAGACUUCAAGCUUUACUCAGUGUAGCAAGUGAGAUGUACACGUUUUGCUAAGAUGCUUUGAGCCGUUGGGUUGCCUACUGAAUUCUAGGAGCCAUUGGGGAUCGUACUUUUUCCAGUGUUAACCAUGAUGGAUGAUUAUCUUGUUCAAAAUGAUCCUGCACUGCCCUGUUAAUCUCUUAAGGGAGGAUGGAGAGAUAGCGACUGCUUUUGCUUAUUUGAUGAAUGAUAUGUGGCUGGGGGACUUUGACUGCGUGUCCCCAGAGGUCUUCCGAUUGGUCAUUGGUGAGCGAUACCCAGCUUUCAUCAAGAAGACCCAGCAGGAUGCCCAGGAGUUUCUGAUUUAUGUCUUGAAUGAGCUGCACGAAGCUCUCAAGAAGGUGAGUCAUGGAGUCAAAUUCAAUUAACCAGCCCCACUAGCACCGAAGCCUGUGCAAGGACUUCCACAAGCAGACUAGGGCUUUCCCCCUUUCCCUCCACCUGCACCCCUUAAAAUCGGCUCUGGCGGGUCAGGAAAAUCCCCAGAACAUCACCUGGGGGAAAGGAGAUCGUUCCACCUGGCAAUGUGAAAAGCUUGCACCGACAGAACGAUUGCCAGAGUGCUACGUUCAAUUCCUCUCUGUCUUUAUAACUUGCCACUCUAGCCGUCUACUGAAUUCUCAUCUUUUGCAACACCUUGUGGCAAUGAGUUCCACAGUCAGAUUAAGACGGUGGGAAUAGUAUUUUUGAUUUCAGCAGUUUGUCUUGUACUUCAUUUAGAGCUGGUUCACAAAUGCUGCUCUGUGUGUGCUUGUCUGCAAAUCACCCCCGCAAUACCAUCCUUUUCAGUGUAACAGCUAUGAGACGCUAAAUGCUCUCAGUCAAGUGUUACAUAAGGGUGUGUGAAUGUUUCACUGGGUAAACUAUGAUCUGGGAUGCUUUGGAUGAGGUUUGAGGAGCCCUGAGCUUUUCCCCCUCAUGCACCACAAUUCCCAUAUUUACUUCCUGAGUGGGUUGGGAUUUUUGGGUUUUUUUGCAACCCAGAGUUUGCCUGUUUCCUCUGAACUAGAUGAAUAUGAUUAUAAAUCCACAUUCAAUCUUUGGCUUGCAAACCUGGUUUGUGGACAUAACAAUUUUUCAUUGCAUUGCACUUUUAAUUUGUAUAUGGGUGACUCUCGGCUUACGGUUGGGUUGCAUUUUGGGGAUAGUGUGUAAAGCCAAAAUUGUGUAUAGUCAAAACACAUUAGGUUCAGUGGUGGGUGGGAUUGCCAAAGUCUUUUUUCUCCACCCCAUUUUUAAUAUUUUUUUUUUGCCAAGUGCAUAAAGCUGAAUGCACACAAGUUGAAUGCAUGUAACUUGCGAGUUAACCCGUACUGCCUAUACACACAUGCUGAAGAAACAACAGAAAGACAACGAAGAUCACACAUCUUAUAACAAUCUGAUCCAAUAUAAGUCGUAAUAAAAAAAGACUUAAAAUAAGCACCUACUAUUCAAUAAAGCAAUAGUCAAUAGUUUAUUUUAUUUAUGCCACAUUGGCUCUUCACUCUCAACAAUUGCAAAAUAAAUAAAUAAAUUAUAAUCAAUUAAAAAGAGUAGAAAGUCAUAAUCUGUCAAGAGCCAGGAAUUAAAUGUUGGGAGGGACCACCCCAUAGCCCAGGCUCCUAUGGCCUCCUUAUGUAAUGCCAAAUAAUUUCCUUCCCUUAAAGAGGAAAAACAAUACAGGAAUCUAUACUCAAGAUUAUUUUGUGAUGCAGCCAGAAGCUUAGCAAUAAAUCAUUCAGUUCCAGCUGAGAAUUCAAGGAGCAAAUUUAUAGUGGAGACUUUAUGCAUACAGGAAAUGGUAGAGGAGAUUGGAGGGAGUAACUACCUGCAGCCAAGCACUUGUUUUUAAUGCAUAUGGGAAUAAAUGUAAUUUAAAAAUCUGAGCCAUCAUUAAAAACCCCCGAAAUAAAGGAAUCGAGGCCUAGCCCUGAGACUCUGAUACGGAAUCCAAACGGGAUUGUUAUGCUUUUAACGGCAAUUUCUUGCUGUGACCGAGGAUGAUUUUGAAGAAGACUUUUAGUUACAAUAGCAAGCGGGAGGGUGGAAAUAUCGUCUGUGACACGGCACAUCUCUUCCCUUGCAGACAAGCAGGAGAAGAAACCAGGGGACCUCAUCGUCUGCUUGGGAAUCCAGGGGCUGCGUCGGCGAGUCCUCCAUAAUCACCCGGCUUUUUGAAGGACAUCUCAGUUAUGACAUCAUGUGUUUGGAAUGCCAAACGACAACCUACAAAAACGAGAUCUUCACCGUAUUAUCUCUUCCCAUCCCUUACGAAACUGAAUGCUCGCUAGAGGUAUUAGUUUCUCCCUUGCUGAGCAAAGCUGCCCGAGUUUAAGCCCAGCUUAAAUUGUUGCUGCAAUGUUGAUUUUAACCCUCUUUAGGCAACUUGCCUGCAGGGCUGGAAACAGCCAACCUCCACUUGUCAGAAUGCAAGCCCAUAGUGUAGAGAAUCUAUCUGCCUUGCAAGCAGAAGGUCCCAGAUUUAAUCCUAGGCAUCUGCAGGUAGGGUUGAAAUCCUGGAGAGAUGCUGUUGGUUAGUGUAGACCAGGGUUUCCCAGACUUGGGUCUUCAGCUGUUUGGGGACUACAACUCCUAUCAUCCCUAGCUAGCAUGACGAGUGGUCAGGAAUGAUGGGAAUUGUAGUAAAAAAACACACCAAAAAAACAGUUGGGAGACCCAAGCUUGGGAAACUUUGGGGUAGACAAUGUACCAAUGGUCUGACUCAGUACAGUGGACGUUUGGGUUGCGAACGUGAUCCAUGCGGGAGGCACGUUCGCAACCCGCCGCGCCGCGUCUGCACACGCACGGGUUGCGAUUCGAUGCUUCUGCGCAAAGCGCGAUUUAGUGCUUGUGCGCAUGUGUGACCACCAAAACUUGGAAGUAACCCAUUCCGGUACUUCAGGGUUUUGCUGCGUCCGUAACCCAAAAAAACGCAACCUGAAGCGUCUGUAACCCAAGGUAUGACUGUAUAAGGCAGUUUCCUAUGCAUAGCUGUCAACUUGCAGAUUUGAAAAUAAGGGACCAGCAGCCAAAACAAGGGACCUGCAGCCUCACCUGUUCCAGGCACUCCAGUCUUCCUGUCCUCCUGCAGUCUGGUCAAACUCAUGCUGGUAGCUCCGAGAACACUGUCCAACCAACUUUGUAACCAGAGGUUCAACUGAAUAGAAUCUGAAUCACAUGCACCACAAGGCCUAUGCAGCCUCAACUUAAGAUGGCUCCCCGGCCUGGCUUUGCACUGCAAAGUUUGCAGCAGCACGUGCAACAAAAUGGCAUCCAGCAUUCAAAACCUCCCUCAGCUUGCAUUAACUAGCCACACACAAGGCAUUCAAGCUCCACCCCCCAGUCGUUCUUAGACUUCUUAUUGGGUGAGCAACACAGCCAAGCAACAAAGUUGGAGCCUCCCUCCUCCCUGGCUGGCAGGGAGGGAGGGAGAGGAGCUGCUUCCUUUGAAAUUUAAGGGACAUUUAAGGGACAUCCAUCAAUAAGGGACAGCAGCGGGACAUGGCCCUGGAAUAAGGGACUGUCCCUUCAAAUAAGGGACACUUGACAGCUAUGUUCCUAUGUGUUCUUCCUAUGCGUUCUUACAUGGUAAACGGGAACAUGACUAUGGGUCAUGCUUGUCCUGAGAUGUUGAUCGCAGGUAGAAGGUCUCUCUCACUGCAGUGAUGGGUUGUAGUGUUAAAUAGCUCCGCAGCUACACAAAGACAAAUCUUUGGGUAGCUAACCUUCACAAGUUAGAUAAUUUGUACGCCUCUCUUCAGCAAGAGUGACUCACAAUCAAUCCGUUAACACAAGACAGUCCCUGCCUCCUGACCGGCAAUCUGAAAAACAUGAUGCACAAGCGGAAAGGGACAGGGAGGGGACGGUGGGGGAGAAGCGAACUCAGGUACCAAUGGUAGAUCUCAUAAUGACCAGGUGGCAUAGGAACAGCUCAGGGCAAGGAGGUGCCUGAUCGAGCUUGGCUUGUGAUGCAAGUUGGUGGAAGCAACCCAGCUUCCCACCUCCUAUUGAAGCAGCCUGAUGGAAUGGCUGCUGCCAGGUGACAAAGCCUAAUGGAGCUAGUCUUUCGGCAGAGCUGGUGGAAGGAUUCCUGCUUUUCAGCAAUUACGGAGCAGUGUCUGCAGGUAAGUUAGUUAUAGUGGUUUGACAUGUUGACUAAUAAUUCCACCUCUUCCCCCUCCAAAAAAUCCCCACUUUUGGGGGGCCCAGGAAUGCCUCGAAUGCUUCUUUCAGCAAGACAUAUUGACUUGGAACAACCAAAUUAACUGCUCCUGCUGUGGGAUAAAGACAGAUGCCGCUGUGAGAGCCAGCAUAGCAAAGGCGCCAAAAAUAGUUAUCUUCCAUCUAAAGAGGUACCGUUGUUCUUAUUUACAGCAUCUCAUGUGCUCUCCAGGUGGCUGUGGUGCAGGUCACAAAGAAACGGUUGCUUAAGAUGGGAAAGGGGGAAUAAUUGGCCAAGUAGAUUGGGUAAACUAUUUGAAAGUGAUUUCUGAUUAUGAUCAUUUAUUUUCAGGUUUGACUGUCAAGGCAGUUAUAAAAAGAAACUGAAAACCGACAUCUACUAUCCGUUAAAUAACCUGGAUUUGUCCUCUUACAUAUAUCCACUCUUUCGGAAAAACCCAAAAUACAGCUUAUUUGCUGUGGUGGUAAGUGACAUAGAAGACUAUUUAUUCUAGUGCAUAUGUCUGUUGGUCCAACACCCUCCUGAAUCACAUCAAAGCUGGAGAGUGAUAUGGUAAGAAAAGGUGAGAGGGAUAGGAAGGUCACACACAGGGCCCCCGGACGUUUGACGGUCAAUUGACCCUGUGCCGCCACUGCGAUUGCUUUUUCCGCUGCCACCACCCCGUAUCUCAUGGGGACACACGGAGUCCAGUAAGUAGUUAACAUUAACAAAUAAUCAAGUUUAUUUUUAAAUGCAGGAACAAGCUUAUGGUUUCAGUUAGUUUUUCUUGACAGUUUCUUAUUCUUAGUUCCUAACAACUCCAAACUGAUUAUUCCAACUAUCUAUCGGACUCCACCUAACAAUUCCUCUCACUCUCUCACAAUACAACUCUACCAACCCACACCUAAACCUCCCUCUUCCUUCUUCAACUCCCAAACCUCAACUCUCAACUCAACUAACUUUCAAAACCUCCCACUCUAACUUUUAUCCCCCCCUUGCAUUCUCACUGGCCAAUCACAUCACACCUAUUUUAACCCUUUCCUUAUGACCCAUCCUAGGAGGCAAACGCCACAGAAGGUGAUGACACUGUCUGGGAAAUGGGGGUACUUUGGGCUCUUCAAAACACAUCUCUCUAGCCUAUGAUCAGGGAGACAGGUUGAAAUUGCCACCGGUCUGCUGGCUAAGUGACCAUAGUCAGAUUACAAUUUCUCAAUGUGCUGGUUGCAGGGGAAAGGGGUGGGAGUCAUGAAACCAUGCCUACCAGGCUUAGCUCCUUGGAAUGAAUGAACAAAAUGCUCUUUUGGUUACCUUUUGAUUUAUUGCCAUUAUUGUUGCAGAACCAUUUUGGAGAUCUGGAUGGGGGCCACUACACUGCCUACUGCAAACACCCUCCCACCCAAAGCUGGUACAACUUUGACGACUCUCAGAUCAGCGAGAUCCCAGACCCUUCUGUGCAAACGUCUGCAGCUUAUCUGCUGUUUUACAGCAGUCAAGCUUUCUCUGUGCCGGUAAAAAACCAAAAUGGCUAGGAAACGCACUGAAAACCAUCGCGUACAUAGGAUGCAGUGGUACUGUUAGCAAACGUUUCCUGACCCGGGCCGGCCAGGUUUCGAGUCAUCCUUAAGGAAGAGGAACCACAUUUCCUAAUGCCUGCGUUCAGGCUGUAACGUGGUAUUUAAAAAUGGGAUUGUGAACAGCUUCUCCCUUCAGCGAAAAGACAGGUGCCAGACACAAACUCAUUUUCAGUAAGCUUUCGGAGAAAGCAACAAACCGCUAGAUAAAUAAAGUCUUCCUGGGCAGCCAGAGUCU